AUGGUUGAUAUUCAUACGAAUGCAAAAUGGUCACAGAAUGCUAUCACUGUUGCAGGAGGAAAUGGACAAGGCAGCGGAACCAAUCAACUGUCUUGGUCGUAUGGUUUUUACGUCGACGAUGAUCAAACGAUUUAUGUCGCUGAUUGGGGAAAUAACCGUAUUGUAGAAUGGAAAUCUGGUGCAAUGAAUGGUAAAGUAGUUGCUGGUGGAAAUGGACAAGGAAAUGGAGCUCAUCAAUUAAAUAACCCAAUAGAUGUGAUAAUCGACAAAGAGAGCGAUACUCUCAUCAUCAGCGAUAGAUGGAACUACAGAGUAGUCCGAUGGCCUCGUCGAAAUGGUACGAGUGGAGAAACAAUUAUUUCGAAUAUCUCUUGCAUCGGUUUGACAAUGGACGAAAAUGGUUCUCUCUAUGUCGUUGACAGUGAAAAACAUGAAGUGAGACGAUAUAAAAUUGGUGACACUAAAGGAAUAGUGGUUGCGGGUGGCAAUGGAAAAGGAUAUCGUCUCGAUCAACUCUCUGCACCCCACUACGUAUUUGUCGAUCGAGAUCGUUCAGUUUAUGUGUCCGAAUAUGGAAAUCAUCGUGUAAUGAAAUGGGAAGAAGGUGCAACACAAGGCAUUGUCGUAGCCGGUGGUCAAGGACCAGGAAAUAGUCUCAUACAAUUGCAUGGUCCUCGAGGAGUCGUUGUCGAUCAAUUGGGGACUGUCUAUGUAGCUGAGCGGAUAAAUAAGCGAAUCAUGCGUUGGCCAAAAGGAGCCACACAGGGAAGUGUCAUUGUUGGUGGAAACGAUCAAGGAGCACAGUCGAAUCAAUUCUAUUAUCCCGCAGGUUUAUCAUUCGAUUGCCAUGGCAAUCUCUAUGUUGCUGAUUCUUGGAAUAAUCGAAUACAAAGACAUAAUAUCGAAUAA